GAGGAGCCCAAAUAGCAGUUCAGAACAUGCGGUGGUUCAGGAGGAAGCUACAAAUGGCUUAAGAAUAUGCUGUUCCUCCCUCCCCUUUCCACCAUGGACCUCACACUGUGGCCUUUGUCUCAGAACCUCUGAGAUUGGUACCCAGGCAAGGCAAAAUGCCCCUGUCCCCAACAAGACUGCCUAGCCCCUAUGACUCUGAUCGGCUAGUACGGCUAGCAGCCAGGCUCUGGCCAGCACUAUGUGAUACCAUGAUCACUGUGGGGAGCCAGGAGUUCCCUGCCCAUAGCCUGGUGCUGGCAGGUGUGAGCCAGCAGCUGGGCCACAGGGGCCACUGGACUUUGGUGAAAGGAAUCAGCCCUUCCACUUUUGCACAGCUUCUGUACUUUGUUUAUGGGGAGAGUGUUGAGCUGCAACCUGGGGAACUAGGGCCCCUUGAGGAGGCAGCCAGGGCCUUGGGGGUACAGUGUCUGGAAGAGGCAUGCAGGAAAGCUCGAAGAGACAGGGCUAGAAUAAAGCUGAGUCAGGAGCUGAAGGAACACCAGGAGGAGCCAGAGAGACCCAUAAGGGAUUCUGAGAGAGGAGUAUGGGGCCUUGGAGAGCAGAAACCACAGUUUAUUAGAACUGGUGGGAGAGAACAGGGGACAAUGCACAAUCACAGGCCACUAAGAGAGACCCCUGAGAUAGCAGAGGCAGUGCAGGAGGGUCAGGGGGAGCAGAUGAGAUCAGAGGAGAAACUCAACCAAUCCCUUGUUGACCACAGAGGUGUAGAUGGGAAACAAGAAGUGAUCAUGUGGGUAAGGGAGAGUCCAGGAGGCUCUGAGGAAAGUCUGGGGGAAUUGCCUGGCCCCUGGCCCCACCCAGGUUCCCUCCAAACUAGCAUCACCUCCAGGCCCUGGUGGGCUGAGGCCCCUUGGUUAGGGGAAGGCCAGCCUGCCCUAUGGAGGAGCUUCCUGUUGUUGCCACAGAGAUAUGGCACUGCCUUCUCCCAUAGCACUCCCAUUACUGGAGCUUGGCAAGAGGUCUGGCCUCAGGACCAGAGGAUGGGAUCAGUCAGGGUCACAGGUUUUGCCAAGUCUGUUACUCUCCCCCCGCCCCCCAGGAUCCCACUGUCUCUAAACCUCCACAAAAGUCUCUGGAGCCAAAACCAGUUGGCCUUCUCUAGACCUACCUCAGGUUCCCUCCCCCAGGGCCCCACAAAGCUCAGCCCUGGGGAGAUGGAAGAGUCUGAUCAGAGGCACACAGGUGCACUUGCAACCUGUGUGGGUCAUGUGGGCAAAGCAGGCCGCCCAUCUCGCCAACGUCCUCCUCCACUCCCUCCUGCUACGUCCAGGCCCUAUUCUUGUUCUGUUUGUGGAAAGAGGUUUUCACUCAAGCAUCAGAUGGAGACACACUACCGAGUUCACACAGGAGAGAAGCCCUUCUCCUGUGGCCUCUGUCCUCAGCGCUCCCGGGACUUCUCAGCCAUGACCAAGCACCUGCGGACACACGGGGCUGCACCCUAUCGCUGCCCUCUGUGCGGGGCCGGCUGCCCCAGCCUGGCCUCCAUGCAGGCACACAUGCGCGGCCACUCACCCAGCCAGCUCCCACCGGGAUGGACCAUUCGCUCCACCUUUCUCUACUCCUCCACCUCAAAGCCAUCUCGGGCCUCGACCUCCCUGUAGGCCCCCUUCCUCCUGCACCUGAAGGAAUAUCAGGCUUCUUUGCCUUCAGCCAAAUAAUGAACACAUUGAAGACGGGCCGGUGGGCUGACUAGGCUUCUGACCCGGCACCGCAGUUUCGGCUGUCUAGCAAAUUCGGCUCUAAGAGGCAUCGCAGAAAGGCCACCAAGAGCCCUCUUCCAGAUGACCGCGGGGCUGCAAAAGCCUGAGUCAGCGAUCCCGUGUGGGGAGGACAGUGAGGUUUUCACAAGUGAAGGUUAACUAUGCGGAGACUCAUCACCCAAAUAAAGCGUUUUCUGUGCUUUCCUUUCAGGACGAGAAAGCCGAGUCCAGACUAGUCUGUGUGCGUGGGUGGGAGUGCGCCCAGCAU